UGGCGGGGCCGCCAUGGCGGAGGCGGCGCGGCCGCGGGCGCUGUUCCUGGCCGGGCUCGCCGCCGUCUAUGUGGCCGCUUUCGGCUCCCUCUACGUGCAGAUCCCCGGCCUGUAUGGAAGGGAGGGGAUCCUGCCGGCCCGCAAGGUGCUGCGGCUCAGCGGGAAGGGGCUGUGGGAGCAGCUCCGGGAUUUCCCCACCCUGCUGUGGCUCAGCCCGCGCCUGGGGCUGGACACGGAGCAGGGCAUGGAACUGCUGUGCCUCGUGGGGAUCCUGGCGUCCUUCGGAGCCCUGGUGUGCGAUUCCAUGCGGGAUUGCCUGGUCUUCGCCCUGCUCCGGGUGCUCUACCUGUCCCUCUACCAGGUGGGACAAGUCUUCCUGUACUUCCAGUGGGACAGCCUGCUGCUGGAAACGGGGUUCCUGGCCGUGCUCGUGGCCCCCCUGCGCCUGCUGAGGCGGGGGUCCCCCUCCUGGAGACCCCACGACCCCGUCACUUUCUGGGGGGUGCGGUGGCUCCUCUUCCGCCUCAUGUUCGCCUCGGGGGUCGUGAAGCUGAGCAGCCGCUGCCCCACCUGGUGGGGGCUCACAGCGCUGACGUACCACUACGAGACGCAGUGCAUCCCCACGCCGGUGGCCUGGUUCGCCCACCAGCUGCCCGUGUGGUUCCAGAAGCUCAGCGUGGUGGCCACCUACGUCAUCGAGGUGGCCGUGCCCGUGCUCUUCUUCGCUCCCCUGCGCCGCCUGCGCCUCUUCGCCUUCUACUGCCAG